CGCGAACGGAUCACGUGAGCAGAGAUUCCUUUGUGGGGGACGGUUCUGUUGUUUACUUUCUUUUUUCUCUUCAACAAUGUCUAAAGUUAAUCAUCUGAGAGAGUUUAUCGGUCAGCGACUAACAGCAGCUGCUGUAGAAAUAUUCUCAGAGUUUGAAAAAACCAUCUUGGAGUAUGAAGAAGAGCUGGACCGUCAGCGCAGACUGUUGGACCUCGCCUGGAAACCUGAAAUAAAACUAAACAGAAUCGACCUCCCAGAAGAAAAUGUUUGUAUGGUGGACGAGGACGGGGUUUUCAGUGACCAGCACCUCGAUAACCUGGAGAGGAGCUGCAGCCCGGACCAGGAGGAACCAGGGAAUCCACAGACUACAGAACUGGAGGAAGACUCCAGCGGUCAGGAGAUGAAGCAGGAGGACGUAGAGGUGGAUGUCUCAUUGGUCAAUCUCGCUGAUGUGAAAGUUGAAAAUGGUGAACCCGGACCAAACUUUGACCAGCUGCUGUUUCACACUUCUCCUGAAUCUCAAAACAAAGAUGAGCAAGGAACUGAAAGUUUACACUUAGACUCCAGUAAAACUGCAGGUCUGGAGCCAAUGAGACGACACGGUGACCACGAAGACACUGCUGUCCCGUCAGACAGCAACUGUAAAUCAGAGCUGACCAGCACCCAAAUAUUGUUUAGAAAUUCAUCAACAUUCACAAAGCAGAAAAUGAUCCACAUGGGUGGAAAGCCCUACGUCUGCAAAACAUGUGGAAAAAGUUACAGGCAACGUUGCGGCCUGGUGGUUCACUCAAGGACCCACACCGGAGAAAGGCCAUACCUGUGCAACACCUGCAACAAAACCUUUACUCAAUUAUCACAUCUUAAACGCCACAUAACCUCGCACACGGGCGAGAAGCCCUACGUCUGCAAAACAUGUGGAAAAAGUUACGGGCGACGUUCCACCCUGCUGGUUCAUUCAAGGACCCACACCGGCGAAAAGCCGUUCCUGUGCAACACCUGCGGAAAAACCUUUACUAACUUGUCACAUCUUAAAAGCCACAUAACCACGCACACGGGCGAGAAGCCCUACAUCUGCAAAACAUGUGGAAAAAGUUACACAGAUCGUUCCAACCUGGUGAUUCACUCAAGGACCCACACCGGAGAAAGGCCCUACCUGUGCAACACCUGCGGCAAAAGCUUUACUAAAUCAACACAUCUUAAACGCCACAUAACCACGCACACGAGAGAUGCCGUAUUUGUGCAAGACGUGCAACAAAGGUUUUAGCUGCAAAUAUAAUUUGCUGAGUCACAUGAAAAAUCACCAGGAGGAGAAGUCUGGUGAUUUGUGAUAAAUGGAGCUCAUGUUGUCCUCCGGGGGCAGCUGUCCACUCCUGUCUGACCCACAGAAGAAGAGACGAAGAAAUCCAACCACCACCUGCUGUGGCUGAUGAGCCUAAUCCCCUCCCCACAAGGGUUAGAAGUUCAACCCGGAUUUAUGCUUCUCCAUCAACUUGACGCAAAGGGAACUAUGUGGUUCUGUAAUUUUUUUAAAGUUCUGCAUUGAAGUUGUUUGAAUCUCUGCUCCUUUUUAAAAUCGUAUUAUUUGUUGCUGUUGGUAACUUGCCGUCUCCACGGUGCAAAUAAAGAGCUGUUAGUAUGUG